AUGCCUUCCAACAAAAAUGUCCAAGGUGGGAAAGCCUUCGGGUUGCUGAAGGAGCAGCAGAGGCAAAAACUGGAGGAGAUAAACAAGGAAUACCUGGAAGACCAGAAAUACAGGGAUGAGGACGACCUGGCAGAAAAACUGGAAGGCUUCAAAAAUAAAUAUGCCGAGUUCGACCUGAAUGACCAAGGAGAGAUCGAUCUAAUGGGUCUGAAGCGGAUGAUGGAGAAGCUCGGGGUGCCCAAGACUCACCUGGAGUUGAAAAAAAUGAUCGUUGAGGUGACGGGCGGCAGCAGCAGCAACACCAUCGACUACAGGGACUUUGUCAAGAUGAUGCUGGGAAAGCGCUCCGCCGUGCUCAAACUAGUUUUGAUUUUUGAAGACAAAGCCAACGGAGCAACCUGCAAACCAGACGGACCCCCUCCAAAGCGGGACAUCGCCAGCCUGCCUUAAGGAUACGACGACAGGCUUCAAACUCUGGAGCAGAGGGACCAUCUGUGGUUACGCGGUAUAGCGUGGGGUGUUGUGUUAACAUGGGACCAGUGAACCAGGGUGUUAUUUUGUUCAUGUAUGACGUGUAUGAGGUUUCUGUUGUUUGGAAGACGGAGCCCAAAACUCACAAAGUGAUGUCUUGACUGUGAAUAUUUUUCAUGUUUUUUUUGUUUUUUUCCUUUAAAUCAAAUGUAGCAGUGAUAGUUAUAAAUGUAAUCUGAUGGAUAAGACACAUUUUUUUACUAAGCAUUUCAUGGUUGUAUUUUAAGGGAAAAGCAUAUUUCAUAUAUUUUAGAGAGAUUCAGUUUAACCAUAUGAGAGAGAAGGACGCUUUUGGAGAAGCACAAGAUGCGAAGAAGUUUUCCAAUAUCUUCACUAUCCUCAGUAGUCUUUCUCAGAACACUUGCCAGGCUAAUCUUGGUCAGCGUAUCACUUCAGAUGAGGUGCCAGAGCAUACAGGGCCAGCCUGUUUCCUCUGGAUCGUCAGCCCAUGAAGCCCAAACGCGGAUCUGGAACACGUAAUUGAGGUAUCUGAAAGCGAUAAUCAUUUGAAAGUGAGUGCGCUGCUAUGUGCUUUAAAUAUUCACUCGCAUUAGCUGGAGACAAAAGUAGGAGAUUGAGUUAAAGAAUAAC